AUGGAUACCAGAAAGAGAAGCAUUACAAUAUUAAUGCUACCAUGGCUAGCCCAUGGCCACAUAUCUCCACAUCUGGAGUUAGCCAAGAAACUCGCAAACAGAAACUUUUUCAUAUAUAUUUGUUCCUCACCAAUCAAUCUUUACUCUAUCAGGAAAAAUCUUUCUGAAAGGGAAUCCAUUUCUAUAAAACUAGUAGAGAUUCAUAUUCCAACUUCGCCGGAACUUCCCCCACACUAUCACACUACUAAUGGCCUCCCACACCGUCUCAUGCCUGCCUUGAAAAAAGCCCUUGACGCUGCAAGGCCCAGCUUUUCCACCACCCUAAAAACCCUUCAACCGGAUUUAGUUUUAUAUGAUUAUCUCCAUCAAUGGGUGCCGGAGGAGGCUACGUUGCUGAAUAUUCCGGCGGUGCUGUUUUGGACCGCGGUGCAGCUACAUGUGCUUACUUUUUGCACGAGUGUUUUUAAACUAGAAACUGAAUUCCCUUUUCCAGUUCCUUUUUUUCGAGAUUAUGAAAUUGAAAGGCACCGUCUUCUGUUAGUCAAUGACACCAAAGAUUCUGAAAGACUCAUGAAUUGUGUUCAACAAUCAUCUGAUAUUAUUCUGAUCAAGACUUUUGCAGAGCUCGAGGGGAAAUACAUUGAUUACUGCUCCAUCAUGGCUCAAAAGAAAUUUGUCACAGUUGGCCCACUGGUUCAAGCGACAGUCACUGCAGGUGACGAUCACAGUGAGAUCAUUGAAUGGCUUGAUAGGAAAAACUCGAAUUCGAUCGUGUUUGCUUCUUUCGGCAGCGAGUAUUUCUUGUCUGAGGUUGAUAUUGAAGAGAUAGCUUAUGGCGUAGAGCUCAGUGGAGUGAACUUUAUCUGGGCUUUUAGGUUUCCUAUAGAUAUGAAUAACAAGAUUGAGGAAAAACUACCCAAAGGCUUUCUUGAAAGAGUAGCAGAGGGAGGAAUUGUCGUGGAUUGGGCACCACAGAGGAAAAUUUUAGCCCAUUCCAGAUUUGGCGGAUUUGUGAGCCACUGCGGAUGGAGUUCAGUAAUGGAAAGUUUCCAUUUCGGAGUGCCGGUGGUGGCUUUGCCAAUGCAUCUUGAUCAGCCGUUAAACGCCAAGUUGGUGGCGGAUAUAGGGCUGGGGGAGGAAGUAAUCAGGAACAAGGAAGGAAAUCUUGAAAGAGAGGCGAUCGCGGGAGUGAUAAGAAAAGUAGUGGUUGAAAAAGGAGGGGAAAAUUUGAGGAGGAAAGUAAAAGAAUUGAGUAAAAAAAUGUGGGAAAUAAAAGAGGAAGAAAUAGAUGGUGCAGUGGAAGAAAUGGUUAAGCUUUGUAAGAGAAGGGAAAUGCUUAAUCUUGCACCAGCAAAUUCCAUGAAGAAAUUGAAUCUUAUGGUGACAAAUGGCGAUGGACGUGUGGAGACUGCUUGAAGCAUGAAGGAAAAUUUUUGUGUGCGCUUUAAUAAAUGAAAAUAAGUGGAGACUAUUUCCUUGUAAAUAUGCCCUGCUGGUUUACCUUGUUUAGAUUUAUUUUUAAUUUUUAUAUUAGUAGUUGCCCAUUGUCUAAUAAAAUCGUAGUGCUUGUACAACACA